AGUUAGAUCCGGGGGAGGCCUCAAAGACUAAUAAAUAAACAAACUGUGAGAUUUAUCAUAUUUUUUUCUUCUUCGACGUUUCGCUAUCUAACGAAAUUACGGGUUCGUCUUCGUUCGAAAUACAAAUUCCAACUUACAACUUUGUUUUGUUUUUUAUAUUUAUAGAGUUGCUUCCACCACAUAUUUUUCUCUUUUCCUUCUUCUUCUUCUUCUUCUUCUUCUUCUUCUUCUUCUUCUUCUUCUUCUUCUUCUUCUUCUUCUUCCCCAAGAAUCUCGCCUAAAUUCUCUUGCUUUUUCUACAGAAAACAUCUUCUUCGCUGAUAUAUAUUAAUAAAGUUUUCUUUUUCUUUUGCUUCUUCCCGAAAAGGUUGGAUCUUUUCGGAUCGAGCUCGUUUUACGAAGCAAGCAAGAGAGGUGGUUAUCGGAAAGCCGUUGACUUGACUUUUUCUUUGGGGUGUUGUUGUGUGGGUUUCUUAUAGUAGUAUAGCAUGGUCUUGUGAGGAGGAAGAGAUGUUGGAUUUGAAGAGGGCAUCUUCACUCAUCUUUUACCACCAAGUAUGUCAAUUGGAUUAUUAAGCUUAAGUAGUUAUGGUUUUUACCAUGUUCAUGUGGGGAUUCCUCUUCCUCUCUGUUUACUUCAUUCCCAGAUGACUUAAAAAAGAGCUUUUUCUUUCAAGUCUAGUUAUUGGGAUUAAGCUUAUCUAGUCAUUAUUUUUAUACAAAAACACCCCUUAGUUUAAUCAGAACAACAUUCUCCAGUUAUACGAUCUUUGUGGAUUGAUCAAACAGUUUCCAUUAGUAUAGAUAGAUCUUUACUGCCUCCCUCAUUUCUGCUUUUCACCUUAGUUUAGGCUCUAGUCUUUGGCUUGGGUAUGGCUGAGUUUGUUCCUGUUUCCGGAGUGAAAAAUCAUGUCUUUGAGGCAUGUCACCAUGUUGUAAAGGCACUGAGGGCGUCUGAUAACAACCUUGAUGCCAACUUGAGAAAGCUCCUAAGUGACCUAGAGUCGCACUUGUCAACAUUUGGGAUUGCUGAUACCAAAGUUGAAGAUACAGGAUUCUCUGAGAUCGAGGAGAGAUUCAAAGAAGCUGUGAAGACAAUCCUCAGUUGGGAGACAACCCACUCAACGAUAUUGGAAGCUGGACCCUCUGAAGCUGAUCACUUCUUUCAAGCCCUGUAUGAUGUUCAAACCGUUGUUAUGGGUUUUAAAGCUCUGCCCAUCAAAACUAAUCAGAAGGAGAAAGAUAUUUACAACCAAGCUACGGUUGCUCUUGACAUCGCGAUGUUGAGGCUUGAGAAAGAGCUCUGUGAUGUUCUGCAUCAGCACAAACAGUAUGUACAGCCUGAAUACUUGGCUGUUAGCUCCCGGGGAAAGGAUAUUGUGUACGACGAGUCCUUUGUCUCCCUAGAUGAUGAAGUUGUUGUCGAAGCUUCUUCCCACGAAGAUGACGAACAGAUAUCAGAAUGCUAUAAUUCUGAUUUGGUUGAUCCCAGCGUCCUUCCUCACAUCAAAGCUAUUACAAACGCCAUGUUUGCUUGUGAGUAUCAUCAAGCAUUCUGUGAAGCUUUCAUCAGCAUUCAAAGAGAAGCUCUGGAUGAGUAUAUGGUCACUCUCGAAAUGGAAAGAUUCAGCUGUGUCGAUGUUCUUAAAAUGGGAUGGGAGGAUUUGAAUGGUGCAAUGAGAAAAUGGACAAGGGUUGUUAAGAUCAUUUCUCAGGUCUAUCUCCGCAGUGAAAAACAGCUCUGUGAACAGAUCUUGGGAGACUUUGAGUCAAUUUCUUCCGCCUGCUUCAUAGAAAUCUCAAAAGAUACAGUUCUUUCUCUCCUUAACUUUGGUGAAGCUGUAGUGCUGAGAUCUUGCCAGCCAGAAAUGCUUGAGCGCUUCCUUAGUAUGUAUGAGGUUUCAGCAGAGAUUCUCUUGGAUGUUGAUAACCUCUUCCCGGAUGAGACAGGCUCGUUUCUAAGAAUGGCAUUCCACGAGCUAUCAAAAAAGCUAGCUGACCAUACAACCGCAACCUUUUUAAAGUUCAAAGAUGCAAUAGCCUCAAAUGAAUCCGCACGCCCCUUUCCUGGAGGAGGUAUUCAUCACCUGACCAGGUAUGUAAUGAACUACCUGAAGCUCCUCCCGGAGUACACUGAUACCUUAAACACACUUCUUCAGAACAUAAAUGUUGACGACUCAAUCCCUGAGAAAACAGGACAAGACGUCCUCCCUUCGACAUUCUCUCCAAUGGCCAGACACCUCCGGUCCAUCGUCACAACUCUGGAAUCCAGCCUCGAGCAAAAAGCUCAGCUUUACGCAGACGAAUCACUCAAAUCUAUUUUUCUGAUGAACAACUUCCGUUACAUGGUCCAGAAGGUAAAAGGAUCAGAGCUGAGACACUUGUUUGGAGACGAAUGGAUCAGGAAGCACAUCGCAAGGUAUCAACGUGAUGUCACAAACUACGAGAGAUCCACAUGGAGCUCUGUACUCGCUUUGCUCACAGACAACAACAACUCUGAAAGAAGAACACUGAGAGAAAGAUGCAGACUUUUCAGUCUUGCCUUUGAUGAUGUUUACAAGAAUCAAACCCGUUGGUCAGUCCCUGAUCCAGAGCUCCGCGAUGAUCUUCAUAUCUCGACCUCUGUCAAGGUUGUUCAGUCUUACAGGGGAUUUCUUGGAAGAAAUGCAACUCGUAUUGGCGAAAAACAUAUCCGAUACACUUGUGAAGACAUUGAGAAUAUGCUCCUUGAUCUCUUUGAGUGUUUGCCAUCUCCGAGAUCAUUGCGCAGCUCUCGUAGGAAAUGAUGAUGAAGAUGACUCAAGCCUAAUGGACUCUAUCUUUGUUCUUUUGAUCUUUUGCUAUUUACUUACUUAUGCAGUGAUGUGAUUGAUUACAUGUAAAUAAGGGUGUAUAAUUGUUAUACUCCAUUGGGGAUGUAAUUUGAUUUGCAUGAUUUAAUUAAUCGGGGGUGAUAUGGUCCUCUUCGGUAGAAAACUGUUGAAACCACCAGAUUUAGGUAUGUCCUGCUCCUGCUGCUUUUGCCAGCAUUAAAGCUGCACUAGAGCUUUGAUAAAAUGAUAGAAUGGAGAACAACAGUUUCUGAUGA